AUGCUCCCUCUAGUAUUCCUUUUAUUGGCCGUCGGCUUCGCCAGCGCCGAGGAGAUCAAAUCCCUGCCGGGUGUCAAAUGGGAGCUGGGCUUCAAGCAUUACUCUGGUUUCUUCAAGGUUUCUGACACCCAUUUCCUCCACUAUUGGUUCGUGGAGUCGCAGAAUGAUCCGGCACGUGAUCCGGUCAUUUUCUGGUUUAACGGAGGACCCGGAUGCUCUUCGCUUGAUGGCCUCCUGAACGAGAUGGGCCCCUAUGUGGCCCACCACGACGGGAUCAACCUGGUGAAGAACGAGUACGCCUGGAAUAAGUUUGCCUCCGUCGUCUACAUCGAGGCCCCGGCUGGAGUUGGAUACUCUUAUUCCACUGAUGGCAAUAUUACCACCAAUGACGAUCAGACCUCCCAAGAAAACUACAACGCCGUCAAGCAGUUCUUCACGACGUUCCCCCAGUUCCGCAAGAGUGCCACCUACAUCAUGGGAGAAUCGUACGGAGGAGUGUACGUCCCGACGCUGACCGCCCGAAUUGUUGAUGGACAGAGCGAGUUCCCGAUCAAUCUGAGGGGAAUGGCCCUUGGAAACGGAUACGUGAAUGAGAAGCUGAACAUCGACACUUCUGUGCGAUACGCCUAUGGACAUGGCCUGAUCGACCAAAAGGUGUGGGAUACCCUGGAGAGUGAAUGCUGCAAGGGAUGCAUUGAUGGGUGUGAUUUGACCCAGCUGGAAGGCCACUGCGCGACGAUGGUCGAGGAUAUCUUCCAGUUCUUGUGGUUCGGAGGGUUGAACCCGUACGAUUUGUACAGGGACUGUGACCCGAACCCCGAUGCGAACAGCCCCCGAAUGGAGUCGAUGCUUCGCGGUGUCGUCCCCGGCGCUUUCGAGAAGACCGUCUUUGAGGGGCUCAAGAAGGCCAAGAAGAACCUCACCGUCACCGAUUUCUUGCGCGGCAAGAAAUUCCUGUACGGUGACGCGCCGUGCCUCAACGACUCCGACGUCAUCUCCUACAUGAACGACGCUAAGGUCCGCCGUGCCAUCAACGUGCCGUUCAACCUGCCGAAAUGGGACAUCUGCAGCGACAAGGUCACCAGCACCUACCAGAAGCAGUACACCGACAUGACGCCGUUUGUCAAGAAGAUCCUGAACGCCCACGUGCGUGUGCUCCUCUACUACGGCGACACCGACAUGGCCUGCAACUUCCUCAUGGGACAGCAAUUCGCCUAUCAGCUUGGAUUGAAGAGGACCCUCGGAAAAACGCCGUGGAAGUAUGAUCGACAGAUUGCCGGAUUCAAGACGCUUUUCGAGGGACUCACCUACAUCACUGUCCGUGGUGCCGGCCACAUGGCCCCUCAAUGGAAGGCCCCGCAGAUGUACUACGCCAUCCAGCAGUUCAUCCUCAACCACCCCAUC